AUGUAUGAAAAUUCCAAAGAUGUAAUCAUCACUUGCAAUAAUCCAUCUAAUCAAUCUGAUUUAUCCAAUUUGAAAUACUACAAAGAUUUUCAACAAUAUAUUAAAUUCGUAACAAUUGCAAACAUCAACGCAAUUAAUGUCCCCUAUAAUUUAUUUUUCCACGCUUAUAAUCUAGAAUAUUUAGAUUUAUCCAGAAAUAAAAUUUCCUCUAUUCCCAAUGCAUUAUUCAAUUUUUGCGAUAAUUUAAAAACUUUGAAUCUUAGCUCAAAUCAUCUUUCAACAAAUAGCUUCGAUCCUGAUAUACCAUUUCCAAUUUUGAAUAAAUUAGAGUCUCUAGACCUAUCUAAUAAUAAUAUCACGUCACUUAACAGAACUUUCUUGACUGGGCUAUCAUCAUUGCGUUAUUUGUAUAUGAGUCAUAAUAAUAUGAGAACAAUUGAUCCACUCGCAUUUCAAAGUCAGCAGAAUCUUAGAACUUUAGACCUUUCUCAUAAUAAUCUAGUAUUCACACCAAAUAAAUUUAUAGAUGAAUUCGGUUCAAUAUCACCAUUCCAUUUUUCUCAUAAAACUUUGGUAGAUAUAAAUCUCGCUUACAACAAUAUUGAUCAAAUUUUUGCAGAUUGGAAUUUUGCUAUUCAUUUAGAAACUUUAAAUCUAAGUCAUAAUCAUUUGACUGAACUGCAGCAACCACACCUGCAAUUUUUAUCUGGCAAAGUAUAUGUAGACUUAUCCUUCAAUGACAUAACUAAAAUUGACUAUAGAGCAUAUGAAAUUUUCAGUGAAUACAAUGAAAAUAUUAGACUUCUUGUAAACAUUGAAAACAAUCCUGUGGAAUGUAACUGUGAGUUGUACAAAAUGAGUAUAUAUUUAAAAAACAAUUAUAAGGAUGUUAAGAAUGAACGGAUUAAAUUAGCGAUUGGUAAAUUUAUAUGCAGUAGACCGGAAAGAGAGACUGAUAAUUCCGUAUGUAAAUUGGAUAAACCCUUGGAAAAUGUUAUUGGAGAAUGUCCUUCGGCCUGCAGCUGUACAAUAAGACCAGAAGACAAAACUUUGUUGGUAGAUUGUUCUUAUCGUCAGCUCAAUGAAGCACCGGAUGCUAUUCCUUGGUUCCCUGGAUCGAACAUUGAAUUAAAUCUAACUGGUAAUCAUUUGACAAGAAUUCCUUCAAGAAAACAAAUUGGGUACAAUCAUACCACUGUUCUUUCGUUGUCAAACAACAAAAUAAAUGAAAUUACAACAGACUUGCCAUCAGAUAAUUUAGAACAAUUGUAUUUAGACCACAAUAAUUUGCAAAAAAUUAACAAUCAAGUACUAGACUUGCUGCGAACUUCGAAAAAACUUAAAAGUCUGAGUUUGCAUGGUAACAAAUGGGAAUGUAAUUGCGCUACACGUAAUUUAUUUAGUUUUAUCCAAGUAAUGGAAGACAAAAUUCCCGAGUUAAAAAAAAUCACCUGCGAUGGAACCAACAUAUCUAUUUUUACAAUGGCUCUAGAUAAAUUAUGUCCAUCGACUCUUUUCUGGGUCAUUGGUCUUUGUGUCGUAACUGGCAUCUUGGGAAUUAUCAGCGGUGUUUCUUUAGUAUUUCACUGUUCUAAGGCCAAAGAUGAGCUGAAGAAAAAAAAAUCUGUUUAUGGGAUUCAUCGUCCAACUAUUCAAAUCACCAACGAAAAAAAUGAACUAGUGUCCGUUAUUAUCUUUUAA